AUGUCAGAAGAAUACAUUGUCUUAUAUACGAACACGGAUAAGACUAGCCCUUGGGCCCACCGAGUGGAGAUCGCUUUCGCGGAGGCGGGAGUUCAGCCUUUAGUGUGCAUGAUCUCUCUACAGGAGAAACCCGAAUGGUUCACGUCCGUAGUCAACCCGUCCACAAAGCAAGUUCCCGCGAUCGUGUAUGGUGGCCCUCAUGUUCCAACCGAUCAGCCGUCGAGCGAAUCAGCCAAGCUGACCCAAUCUGUGGUCCUUCUAGAGUUCCUCGCCGACCUCUAUCCUCAAGCCGACCUCCUUCCCAAGGAUCCCGUACAACGCGCUCAGGCGCGUUUCUUCGUAGGGAAGGUGAACACCUUGCUCGAGCCUGCGUGGGAGGACUUCCCACAACGUGACGGAUCAUUGGCGCCAUUCCUCGGUGUACUGGAUACCAUCGAAAGCCUAUUGCCGGAGGGGGGGUUCGUAGCCGGUAGUUGGUCAAUCGCGGACGCGGCUGUCGCGCCAUUCAUUGGGCGGGCCGAGGUCGUAUUGCGCGAGGAUACGGGCGCUUGGGACAGUGGCGAAGGGCUGGCAGCAUAUGAAGCGGUCUUCAAGGGACACCGUUCCCCGCGGCUGGCUAGGUACUGGCGCGAGUGCAAGGAACGGAGGAGUUGGAAGGAGACUUUUGACGAGACCAGCUAUCUUCAGAACAUGAAGAAGAGAUUUCCUCGCUCAUGA